AGUUUAUUUCUAUGGAAGUCAACGCUGACUGUCUUCCUCCAUUCCACACGGCACAUGAAAGCCGCCAUUAAAAUUCUUCAAACCCACCUUCAAACAACCCCAUUCCACCACAAUGUCUUCUCUCACCCAUCUUCUCCCUUUCUUCUUCUUCUGCUUGACGCUCUCAAUCCUCAAUGUAUCUCACUCUCAAGCACAGCCCACUAACAUCUCCGUCUUCUCUUCCUCCAACUCCCCAUGGCUGCCCGGCCAGAACCAGACUCUCCUCUCCCCCGACGCCGCCUUCGCCGCCGGGUUCCUCCCCGUCCCCAACUCCCCCGGCCUCUACACCUUCUCCGUCUGGUUCCGCAACGUCGUCUCCCUCAACGCCGUAGUCUGGAACGCCACCCGUUCCCCCGUUUCCGCCGCCGCCUCGCUGCUCAUCUCCCGCUCCGGCGAGCUCCGCCUCGUCAGCUCUUCUGCUAACUCCACAAAUCUAUGGCCCGCGAUCGUGAACGGAAGCGGUCUCUCGCUGCUUUCCAACGGUAAUCUCGUUUACGGCAGUUUUCGAAGCUUUAAUUUUCCGACCAAUACGAUUCUCCCUAAUCAACAGAUAAACGGGACUACCCUAUUUUCGAGCAACGGGAAGUAUAAGUUUGAUUCUAGGCAGCUUGUUUUCAUUGGUAGGAACGAUAACUAUUGGACUAAUCUUGGAAAUUUUACAUUCAUGAGUUUGGAUGAUUUGGGGGUGAUUGCAUAUGGUAAUAAUGCUAUGUAUUACGCCUCCGAUUUCGGAGUCAAGAAGCUGAGAAAAUUGAGCCUCGACGAUGAUGGGAACCUUAGGCUGUAUAGCUAUGAUGUGGGGUUGAGUCAAUGGAUUGUUAGGUGGCAAGCUUUGUUCCAGUUGUGUAUGGUUCAUGGCACUUGUGGUGCAAACUCCAUAUGCAUAUACGAUGCAUCCAACUUCUCGACUUCCUGCGUUUGCCCUCCGGGCUACACGAGGGGGGCCGGGGACUCGUGCCAGUUGAAGACCCCCUUGAGCAGUUUGGCGAGGACCAAGUUCUUGAGGUUGGAUUUUGUGAAUUUCACCGGUGGAUUGAACCAAAGUGACAUCGAGACUACCAACUUCACGACGUGCCAGGCUUCUUGUUUGCGGAAACCUGAUUGCCUGGGGUUCAUGUUCAAGUACGAUGGGACGAAUUUCUGUGUUCUGCAGCUGGGGAGGAUGAAUGAUGGAUACUGGUCUCCGGGGGCGGAGAAGGCCAUGUUCUUGAGGGUCGAUGAGUCGGAGAGCGAUGUGUCGGGCUUCAAUGGGAUGACGUCGUUGAUGCAGACCAUGUGCCCGGUGAGGAUAAGUCUCCCCGAGCCCCCGGAGGAGUCGAGGGCUAUGACUAGGAACAUUGCGAUUGUGUGCACUCUGUUCGUGGCCGAGCUUCUGUGUGGCGCAUUCUUCUUUUGGACGUUCCUGAACAAGUAUAUUAAGUAUAGGGACAUGGCGAGGAUGUUCGGGCUGGAGGUGAUGCCGGCUGGCGGGCCGAAGCGGUUCACCUACGCCGAGCUCAAGGAUGCCACAAACAACUUCUCGAAUCCGAUCGGGAAAGGCGGGUUUGGCAUCGUGUACAUGGGGAAGCUGAGCGACGGGCGCGUGGUGGCCGUGAAGACCCUGAAAAACAUCGGCGGCGGGGACGCUGAUUUCUGGGCGGAGGUGACCAUCAUUGCGAGGAUGCACCACCUCAACUUGGUGAGGCUGUGGGGGUUCUGCGCUGAGAAGGGGAGUAGAAUCCUGGUGUACGAGUACGUGCCGAACGGAUCACUGGACGAGUUCUUGUUCCAAAGCGAGGAGGAUGAGAGGAAGCCGAUUCUGGAUUGGGACAUACGGUACAGGAUCGCGUUGGGGGUGGCGAGGGCGAUCGCGUACCUGCACGAGGAGUGCUUGGAGUGGGUGCUGCAUUGCGACAUCAAGCCGGAGAACAUACUGCUGGGAGACGACUUCUGCCCGAAGGUGUCGGAUUUCGGGCUGGCGAAGCUGAAGAAGAAGGAGGACAUGAUAAGCAUGUCGAGGGUAAGGGGGACGCCGGGGUACAUGGCGCCGGAGUGGACGAGGCCGGAGCAGAUAACGUCCAAGGCGGACGUGUACAGCUACGGGCUGGUGCUGCUGGAGAUGGUGAGCGGGGCGAGGAACUUCGCGCAGCUGGACUCCAAGGUGGAGAGCGACCAGUGGUUCCUGCCGGGGUGGGCGUACGAGAAGGUGUUCAAGGAGAUGAACGUGGAGGAGGUGCUGGAUCAGCGGAUCAAGCACAGCUACGACAGCAGGGCGCACUUCGAUAUGGUGAAUCGGAUGGUCAAGACAGCCAUGUGGUGCCUGCAGGAGAGGCCCGAGAUCAGGCCGUCUAUGGGGAAGGUCGCCAAGAUGCUUGAAGGGACGGUCGAGAUCACCCCUCCUACCAAGCCUAAAAUAUUUUACUUGGAUGCCUAAACUAAAAUCAGAUCAUAAUUACACACCACUCCAUACUGUGUUUAAACUUUAUAGUACUGUCUGUAAUAAUAUACUCCAAUUUCAUCGCAAGGAAUAUUAGUACCUACUUUAUAAUCUUUGUACAAGCU